AUGAAGGUUGAUACAAGAUCACAGAAUCAUCCUCCAGGAGACGAAGAGAAAAUCAUGACCAGAAAGCAGAAAGCGGAGAAGCAAGAACACGAGCAAUCGCCAAACAAGAAACCAAAAUCAGAGGACCACAACAACAACAACAACAACAAUGGAAAUAAGUCGAAUAACAAAUCUCUAACUGACAUUGUCGCUGAGUUUGAUAAGUUCUGUAAAACCACAAGUCAACAUCUCUCGAUUAAGCAGAUGCGUGAGAUCCUCGAAGCUAACAACGCCGAUAGUUCAGGCUCAGAUGAUGCCGUUGUGCCUAGAUGUCAAGAUAUGAUGUUCUACGGAGUGUUAAAGGAGUGUCCUAUCUGCGGUGGAACACUGCAUCACGAUGGUCAUAAUUACAUCUGCGAAGGAUCAUACAGUGAGUGGUCGACAUGCACGUAUAGCACCAAUGACCCUCCUAGAAUCGAAGAGCCUAUCAAAUACCCUGAUUUUGUGCAGGAUUCUCCCAUUUCUGAUUUACUGAUGGAGCAUCGAGACCCAAAGGGGAAACCGAAGAGGGAUAUACAGUCAAAAGAUAAGCCUUUUGCAGGAAUGAUCAUAUCUCUCUCUGGUCGACUCUCUCGCACACAUCAAUAUUGGAAGACUAAGAUCGAGAAACAUGGAGGAAAAGUCGCAAAUUACGUCAUCGGAGUGACGUGUGUAGUCGUGUCGUCCUCUGAACGAGAUCGAGGAGGAUCGUCGAAAGUUGCAGAAGCAUUAGAACGAAGUAUAGCAGUGGUACGUGAAGCAUGGCUGAACGACAGCAUCGAGAAAGACGAACCACAGCCACUGGACGCUUACGACGUCGUUAGCGAUCUCGCUGUUGACGGAAAACAGAUCCAAUGGGACAUGCAAGAUCGAAGUCAAGAAGCCCUAGAAUCUCUAAACGCCGAAAUCAAGAUGUAUGGAAAGAGAGGCGUACACAAGGAUAGCAGAUUAGACAAAGAUGGAGGUGUGAUCUUCGAGAAAGACGGAAUCAUAUACAACUGUGCGCUUUCUGUAAGCGAUAGAGGAAGAAAAAUCAACGAGAUCUGCGUGAUGCAACUGAUAAUGGUGCCGGAGGAUCGGAUCCAUUUAUAUUACAAAAGAGGGAAAGUCGGAGCGGAUUCAAGAGCAGAGGAAAGAGUAGAAGAGAAGAAGAACGUCGAUGAAGCAAUCAAAGAGUUUGCUGAAAUUUUCGAGGAGUUAACUGGUAAUGAAUUUGAGCCAUGGGAACGAGAGAAGAAGAUUCAGAAACAACCUCGAAAGUUUUACCCGAUUGACAUCGACGAUGGUUAUGACGUCAGAUAUGGAGGUCUAGGGUUACGUCAGCUUGGAGCAGCUGCAGCUCACUGCAAGCUUGAUCCGUUUGUCGCUAAUUUCAUGAAAGUGCUUUGUGGUCAAGAGAUUUACAGGUAUGCGUUAAUGGAGAUGGGAAUUGAUGCACCUGAUCUUCCCGUCGCCAUGCUCACUGAUUUCCAUAUAAAAACAUGUGAGGAGACUUUACUUGAAUUUGUUGAGAAACUAUUCAAGACGAUUGAAGGGGAAGAAGACAAACCUAGCGCUGUGUGGUCAGACUUUAGUCAACGAUGGUUCACACUGUUGCAUUCUACAAGGCCUUUUAUCUUUAGAGAUCAUCAAGAUCUUGCAGACCAUGGUGCAUCUGUGCUUGAAACUGUGAGGGAUAUAAAUGUGGCUUCAAGGAUUAUAGAAGAUAUGAGUGGAUCCACCAUUGAUGACCCUUUGUUUGAUCGAUACAAGAAACUCGGUUGCUCAAUUUCAACUUUGGAAAAGGAAUCAGAUGACUACAAUAUGAUUCUUAAAUACGUUGAAAAAACCUACGAGCCUGUGAAAGUUGGGGAAAUUAGCUAUGGGAUAUCUGUUGAGAAUGUGUUUCAAGUGGAAGUGGGUGCAGGACCUUCUUAUGAUGAAAUCAAAAAACUCCCAAAUAAAGUUCUUCUAUGGUGUGGGACACGAAGUUCGAAUCUAUUGAGGCACUUGCAUAAAGGAUUCUUGCCAGCUGUAUGCACACUCCCGGUUUCUGGAUACAUGUUUGGUAGGGCGAUUGUGUGUUCUGAUGCGGCUGCAGAAGCUGCAAGAUAUGGGUAUACAGCUGUGGAUAGGCCAGAAGGGUUUCUAGUUUUGGCUGUGGCUUCUUUGGGGAAGGAAAUUACAGAAAUAACCUCGGUGCCUGAAGAUACGGAGCCUUUAGAGGAGAAAAAAGCAGGAGUGAAGGGUUUAGGAAGGAAGAAAACCAAUGAAAAAGAGCAUUUUGUUUGGAAGGAUGAUAUCAUGGUGCCAUGUGGUAGUUUGGUUGAAUCUGAGCAUAAAGAUAGUCCUCUCGAGUAUAAUGAGUAUGCUGUUUAUGAUCCUAAACAGGUGAUGAUAAGGUUUUUGGUUGGAGUGAAGUUUGAAGAACAAGAUGUUGUGUAUGAAGAAGUUGAUCCAGCUGAUGCUCCUGUUGAGUAAAGAUGGUUGAUGUGGGUAAAGGGUUUUUUGGUCUUUUCUAGAAGGAUAGGAACUUUAGGGGUAGUAUGGUCUAUUUUGAUGUAAAAAUCAUUGAUGUCAUUUUGCAAUAUGUUUGGGCAUCAUGUAGUAGUAGUAUACUAUCGGCUAUAUAUAUGUUAUGUACUGGGUUCUAUGAAUAUAUAUCUACUCAUUGUAUAUAUUUUGGUUUUUACUUCAUUUCAAUGACUAGAAGUAAUUUAAUGUCUACAUAUGUUUAUCUCUAAACAAUUAAAAUGUUUCAUAUAGAAAUGUAAGAAAAGAAGAGUGGGAAUUGGGAAUUGAGUAACGUGUGUAAAAGAAGCUACAAUGAGUCGAUGACAAUGUGUCAUCUGUGAAUAGUUGCAGGAGGGAAUUUGAACUUAUCUGAAACGAAAGGGAUGGCUACAGGGUUGUUGACUAAAUCUUCAUACAAAUCAUAUUCUGCUUCAUAAUCGUGUAAACUAAGUUCUUUUUUCUGAUUUGUAUGGUAAUGAUGUUUGGCUGAAUCUGAUUUACCGAAUCCGUAGAUGCUAACUUUGUCACAUAUCCCCAAAGCAAGCAUGAUUGCUUGCAUACCGGAGGAAUAAUGGAACUCGGAUCCUCCAUGAACGGAGCUCCAUGUUUCCAAUGGCUUCCCGGUUUGUUUCAAGUACCUUUUGAUUGAAUAAUACUUGAUGAUUCUUGCACAUAGAACGUCAAGCUUUGGAUCUGUGAUCAUCAAUGGCGAUUUGUGAGAUGAAUUGCAAAGAGCGUAAUCGAGAAAAUGAACUGGCUGCGACAUGUACAUCAUUAUAGGCACUUUCUCGCCGUAUGGAUGACAAAAACAACCUCCUCUACGUGAACAUAAAUGGAGAAUGUUGCUGUUCAUGAAUGAGAGACUGGUUUUUGAGCCAACAAAUCGUUCAUAGCCACCGAUUCUAGCAUUGUUCAAUCGGAUCACAAACUCAUGGCUAUCGAUUUCUCCACCUAGAUUACGCCUGAGCAAAAUCCCACUGUUACCGACCACCGCGCACGUCCUGUACUUCCGCCUGGAUCCCAAACCUCCGGUCAUGUUUACAGUCUUCAACACGUUGACUACCUCGAACAUCACAUCAGGAUCAAACCGACGGUGGCGCCACCAAUCCCGCAAAUACCGUCUGAAUUUCAACCACAGAGUGUAGAACUCCGGCGACCUGAGAUCCAUAGGCCCACGCCUAACGGACCUAGCACCAGUAUCCAUACGGUACCUACCCGCCGACAAAAACGAUCGCUGGCGAUUGAAGUUAUCGCUUCGGAAAUCCAUGUCCACCAGCUGCUCGACGUUUUGUCUGAGUGACUUCUCAGCUAAAUCAACCGCAGCAAACGACAACAAAGCUGAAUUAAACACUGAGGGAACCUUCUCUGUAGCUUCUGUAUCGCUAAUACUAAGAAUGUCUCCAAAGGCGCCGGAUACAAUGAUCCGAAAACACAGAGUUGCGGCGGCGGCAGCAAAGACGAGCAGAACGCUGAACAAUGGACGCACUGAUCGCUUCAUCAUCGUUACGUUUAUGUAGGUGUGGUCAAAGGCGUUCGUAAACAGAUCGAGAUCGGAAGAAUCUAAUCGCCGGCGUCAUAGGUUGUAGAGAAUGGAUUUCAAGUAGAUUAAACUUCGUCGAUUCUUCUUCAUUGGUCUGCAAUAGGCUUGAUGAAUCGAGUGAUGUUGAAAUGCAGAUGGGAUGUUGUAGGUACGUUAUCGGUUGAAUCUAGUUGGCAUGUGCGUAUAUGUGUUUGUGAUUGAGAUGGGUGAUUAUUAAACUUCAAUCUUUCUUUGGGGAGGUGGAUUUCCAAAGAGAAAGUGGGUUAGAUAUCAUGGGAAGGUCCGCU